AUGCUUGAUUUCGCUCUUCCAGGCACCUACCAGUUCAGCUCUCAUGAGUCUGCACCGCCUGGGACUCCUCUUGGCAGAAUUAAAGCCAAUGACCCCGAUGUGGGUGAAAAUGCAGAGAUUGAGUAUAGCAUCUCCAAUGGGGAUGGAUCAGACAUGUUUGAUAUCAUCACUGACAAGGACACACAGGAAGGGAUUAUAACUGUCAAAAAGCAUCUGGAUUUUGAAAACAAGAUGUUAUACACCUUAAGAGUGGAAGCAACCAACACUCAUCCUGAUCCUCGUUUUCUUCAGCUGGGGCCAUUCAAAGACACAGCUUUGGUCAAAAUUUCUGUGGAAGACAUAGAUGAACCUCCAGUGUUCAGCAGACCCUGGUAUUUAAUAGAGGUAGAUGAAGAUGCCAAGGAAGGAAGCAUUAUUGGGCAGGUUGUAGCCCACGAUCCGGAUAUAACAAAGAACGCAAUAAAAUACUCUGUGGAUCGACACACUGACCUUGACAGAAUAUUCAACAUCUAUUCAGGAAAUGGAUCCUUAUUCAUCUCAAAGCCACUUGACCGGGAAGAAACUCCCUGGCACAAUAUCACUGUCAUAGCAACUGAAAUCAAUAAUCCUAAACAAAGUAGCCAGAUAUCUGUCUUCAUCCGGAUUUUAGACAUAAAUGAUCAUGCACCAGAAUUUGCCAAAUACUAUGAGACAUUUGUUUGUGAAAAUGCAAAAGCAGGACAGCUGAUACAGACUGUGAGCGCAGUUGACAAAGAUGAGCCUCCUCGAGGACACAAAUUUUUCUUUGAGUUGGUGCCAGAAUUUGCUGUUCAUCCAAACUUCUCCAUUGUAGACAACAAAGAUAACACAGCAGGAAUUAUGACUAGAAGAAAUGGAUACAAAAUGGGUACCUAUCUCCUGCCAAUCAUAAUAUUUGACAACGACUACCCAAUCCAGAGCAGCACUGGCACGCUAACCAUUCGAGUGUGUGCCUGCGACAGCCGGGGCAACAUGCAGUCCUGCAACGCGGAGGCCUUGCUCCUCCCUGCUGGCCUCAGCACGGGGGCACUGGUGGCCAUUCUCCUCUGCAUCAUCAUCCUGCUAGUAUUAGUUGUCUUGUUUACGGCUCUCAAGAGACAAAGGAAGAAAGAACCUUUGAUCAUCUCAAAGGAUGAUGUUCGGGACAAUAUUGUGACCUAUAAUGAUGAAGGAGGUGGGGAAGAAGACACCCAGGCUUUUGACAUUGGCACACUGAGAAACCCAGAAGCAAGGGAGGAAAGUAAGAUGAGAAGAGAUGUUAUCCCAGAAACUAUAUUUCAGAUACGACGGACUGCACCUCUUUGGGAAAACAUCGAUGUCCAAGAUUUUAUUCACAGAAGGUUAAAGGAAAACGAUUUAGACCCAGCUGCCCCUCCUUAUGAUUCACUAGCAACAUACGCCUACGAGGGAAAUGAUUCCAUAGCAAAUUCACUCAGCUCCCUGGAAUCGCUUACCACGGAGGGCAACCAAGACUAUGAUUACCUCAGUGACUGGGGACCUCGGUUUAAAAAACUAGCAGAUAUGUAUGGUGGAGAGGACAGUGAUCGAGAUUGAGAAAGUAAUCUGUGACCUGGUCAGUGUUAGUGGAAUUCAUGUCUAUGUUACUAGAGAAAGUGGCCUACUCUCUCUUACUUGGGAAUAAAAAAUUUACAAAAAAUAGAUGUUGUCUUAGUAAGGGUUUGCUUAAUCAAUAAGUCAACGUGAAUGAAUACAAUUGAUUUAGAUUUUUAAAAAUCUAUAAUUCACCCUCUCUGCCUAGAAACCUCUGAUGAAAGGUUUUCACUGACAAUGAAAAGACAAUAAAAGGCUUUUUGUGCCUUUAAUAGUGAGAUGGAAACUUAAUUUUUUUUAAUUGCUUUGCAUUAUCUUUCCUACUAGCUGGGACAGUGUGCACCCACAUUGUAACAUAAUCUCAAAAAUAUACUUUAAAAAAGAUUAAUAUUACUGCCAUAUCUAUUGAUUUAAAGAA